AUGGAUCAUGAUACGGGAAACCUACGGGAAGUCCUCGAUGGCGUAGAGAAUGGCCUUCAUAACCUGAAAGUCCAUCAGUCAGAUGAUCAACUUGUUAUUGGUCUUGAUUUUGGAACAACAUUCAGCGGGAUCGCAUACGCAUUUGCGAGCGAGAACAAGCCGGAAUUAGUUUCCAUUAUGGACUGGCCUGGAUUGGAAGGGCGCAAGCAGCCCAAAGUGCCAACCGUGAUAUGCUACGAUCCGGACGAUAAGACCUCUUUUACUUGGGGUGGCAUGAAACACAAAAGCAACGCGGUUCAAGGGGUCAAGUUGCUUCUGGAUCCAGAUCAGCCAAGGCCUAUCUAUCUCCCAGAAUCUACGGCCAAAGCAGACCUGAAAAAGCUUGGGAAGCCGCCUGUCGAUGUUGCCGCUGACUUCAUUGGUGCGGUUUACAAGCAUGCGCUUGCUAAGAUCGAAGCCAGCAUUCCCUCGGAUUAUUUUCUCAUGUGCCAGAAACAGUUUGUCCUUUCCGUGCCUGCUGUCUGGUCAGAUAAAGCUAUGAAUACAACUCUAAUUGCAGCGAAGCAAGCUGGAAUCCACCCGAUAACGCUUAUUAAGGAACCUGAGGCGGCUGCGAUGUAUACACUUCAUACGUUGCAAGAGAAGUCGUUGGCUGUAGGGGACGCUUUUGUCAUCUGUGAUGCAGGUGGCGGCACCGUGGAUUUGAUAUCUUACGAGAUCACGAGCAUGUCACCAAGGCUAGAAUUGAAAGAAUUGGUUCUCCCCAAAGGCGGCAUGGCUGGGUCUCUAGGACUCAACAGACGUUUUGAACAGUCUGUAAAGGAGCUCGUCGGAGAAGACCAGUAUUACACUCUCCGGAAAACAAAGGGGUUCGAACAAGCUACAAUACAAUUCGAUCAGACGAUCAAGACCGCCUUCCGUGGUAAUUCUGACGAAGAUUAUUAUAUCAAUUUCCCAAUGGCAAAUUUGGAAGACGAUCCUACUAACAAUCUAGUUUCAAACUGUUGGAAUAUGAAAGGUGAUGAUGUCAAAAAGAUAUUUGACCCUCUAAUCUUGGAUAUCGAGCGACUUGUCGACGACCAAGUUAAUCUGGUCAAGGUGAAAAGGAUGGGCGAUCAGCAUCCUAAGGCUCAAGAAAUUAAGGCUAUAUUCCUUGUUGGGGGCUUUGGCUCAAGUCAAUAUCUCAAAGGUCGCCUUGAAACAAUCCAUCCCGACAUUCAAAUCAUCCAGCCUCAUGAUGCCUGGUCUGCUAUUGUCAAAGGUGCUGUAUUGAGCAGAUUGCCUCAACAGGCAAGCGUUGUGUCAACUCAGGCACCUCGACAUUAUGGUGUCUCAGCAAUGGAAAUAUACGACGAUGCAAUUGACAAGAACCAACCUAUGGUCUUCGAUGCCUCCGAUGGGAGGAACAGAGCGAAGCGGAUGACCUGGUAUAUAUACAAAGGCGAGGACCUCAAGCGGGAAAACAAGAUCAAUUUUCCCUUUUACCGCACCCUCGAUGAAAAUUUCGACGCCGACGACCUUAUCUUCAAAGACGCCCUGGUGCAAAGCGAACAGAAAGUCCCACCUACUCAUCCUGGCACCACUACGCAAACGAACUGUGUAUUGACGGCCGACUUGAGGAGUGCUGACCGCUCUAAAUUCAAAAAGAGAAUUGGCCGUGAUGGUGCUCCUUAUGUUGAUGUGCAUUAUAACCUUGUUGUUACGACUGGUGCCACUCUAAAGUUCUCUCUUGAACUUCAUGGCACAGAGAUUGGGAGCGUGGAUGCGAAUUAUGGGUAG